AUGUCGGACAUUAAAGAAUCGAUUGACUGGUUUGAAGAACACUUCAAGAAUGUACAGCCAAUAGGAAAUGGUUCGUUUGGAAACGUAAUGCGUGCAAAUUGGAAAAGUAAUGAUCGCCUUUUCGCUUUGAAAUUUUUUAAAAAUGAUAAAAUUACAAUUAGAGAAGUUAUAAAUGAGGUAUC